AUGCCCCCAAUAAGCAACACUGGCAAUCUGGUAACAACGGACAAGGAGAAGGCUGAGAAACUCCCCUCUCUUCAUCUCCUUUCUUUUCUCUAACAGGCAGAAAUUUUUCAGGAAUUUGCUGUUCAGGAGGAAUCAGUGACGUUCCGGAUCAAUUUGUCUGUUCUUCUUGACUGCUUGACCAUUUUUGGUACCAGUUCUUUGCCAGGAACAUCAACGGCCCUUAGGAUGUGCUAUCGUGGUUAUGGUUAUCCCUUGAUGCUGUUCUUGGAAGAAGGAGGAGUGGUGACAGUGUGCAAAAUUAACACUCAGGAACCUGAUGAGUUGUUAGACUUUGAUUUUUGCAGUACAAAUGUUGUUAAUAAAAUCAUCCUGCAGUCAGAGGGGCUACGAGAAGCAUUUGCCGAACUGGAUAUGACCAGUGAAGUUCUGCAGAUUACCAUGUCUCCAGAUAAACCCUACUUCAGGUUAUCCACUUUUGGAAAUGCGGGGAGUGCACAUCUGGACUACCCCAGGGACUCUGAUUUGAUGGAAGCAUUCCACUGUAACCAGACCCAGACAAACAGGUACAAGAUCUCUUUGCUUAAACCAUCCACAAAGGCGCUGGCUUUAUCUUCUAAAGUGUCCAUUCGAACAGAUGCUCAAGGAUUCCUUUCACUGCAGUAUAUGGUUAGGAAUGAAGAUGGACAGAUCUGUUUUGUGGAAUACUAUUGUUGCCCUGAUGAGGAUAUUACCGAAGCAGAGCUGUAG